AUGGCGCAUGCUCGUAUCUCAGCCAACCUCCCCCCUGAUAUAGAUCCCACAAAAGCCCCUAUUGCGUUUGGAAAGAGGGCCCUUCCCAAACUGAAUGAGGAGUUGCAGUGUCCUGAGCUGCUGACUCAGCAACGGGCACUGAUGGCGCUCUGCGAUCUGGUCCACGACCCAGAAAACAUCUACCAGGCAAUAGAAGUAGGAUUCUUGGAUAACCUGAAGACUUUGCUGCUACAUCAUGACAGUGCUGUCCGACAAAAAACAACACAAAUUCUCUAUAUAAUGGCUAUGCAUAAUGUUGGCAGACAAGGGUUGAUCCAAAACGGAGUAAUUUCUGCCCUCACUGAGCUCUUGGAUGAUCCAGUAGAUAUCUGUCGGAAGAACACACAUCAGAUUUUUGAAAUGAUGGCAAAAUUACCUGAAGGGGCUGCUGGCAUACUGCACGCCGGCUUGGUUCCCUUACUUGUAUCCAAAUUGAAGACUGAGUCGGAUGGGAUCCAGGAGCUGGUCCUAGAUACGCUCUGCAACUGUCUGCGUGUGGAGGCUUCUGAAGCUCUAGCAGCUGGUGCCAUUACUGUCCUGAAGGGAAAGCUCACGCAGUCAUCAGCGGCCAUCAGAAGCAAAGCGGCUCGGGUCCUGUUAGAAGUCGGGAGUCAUCCAGAGGGAAAAAAAGUGGUAUGUGAAGAAGUUAUUCCCGUGCUGGUGAGCCUGUUGGAAGAUACAGAUCCUGAGGUCCAAGCUAGUGCAACAGGAGCCCUGAUGUUUGCUACUAUCACACCUCAGGGGAGAUUCGCAGCCCUAGGUGCUGAAGCCAUUCCACCUUUGCUGAAGUUGGUUGCUGAGGAAACCAGCAAAGCCCGUCUGAGCGCCAUCAAAACCCUCACCGUGCUGGCUGAGCUGCCAGAGGGCCGCAGGACGCUCCUAGACCACACAGAUACGUUUCAGCAGUGCCUGAAUGAUCCCUGCGAGGCAGUGAAAAGAGCGGCCAAAAUUGCCAUCGGUGUCAUCAAAUGGAAACCUUUCUGA